ACAGUGCUUAAUGACUGCCCAAGAUUGGUCUUACACAAAGGUGGUCUCAUGUGUGCACAGGGACUGCUUCUUUUCAGGCUACCCUUCUUGCAGAUUUUACUGGAACUUCAUUUAAAGCAUGCUAACUAAACCGAGCUCCAAUUAACAAGCAAUUACUCAAAUGUUGUAAUGCUAAUGAGGUAUGUACAUGUUUUUUUAAAGGCUUGGUUAUAUUGUACACAUACCCUUCACUUUAUGUUUGAGACCCUAUUUUCUCUGUGAUUGAUGGCUAACAAUUGCAAGAAAAAAGAUUGUAUUUAAUCCCAGUGCAAACAUGUCGAGCAUAGUUGGGCCGAAUUUCUUAUGUCUAUCAGGUGCUAAGCACCAGUUCUUUGAGGUUAUCUUUAAUUUAGGUGGCCCAAGAUUGCUAGAAUGAUUAUGCUGUCAAGCCAGCCAGUCAUAGAAAGGUAUUUCUUGUUUGAAACCAGCACUUAGCAACCCAAAACACACCCCAGCUGAGUGAGUAGAGCUUUUUUCUGAAAAUAUUAACAGUGAGGCCUGGGGUUUUAACAGAAGUAAGAUACCAGAGAAGACAGCAAGGAACAUUUUUUGAAAACUGGAAUAGCUGGUAACUGUCUUGUGUUCUGUUGGAUUCGAUGUCUGGUUUAUUUUAUCAAGAUCUUUACGAGCAGCACAUGCUGGAGGAGCUGAGCCGGCCUCAAACCUGGGGAGGGACUCGGAAGAAGCUCCACAGGCUGGAUUCAGCUCCUUCACACCAGCCGAUAUAUAUCUACCAGCCUCCACCACCACCCCUGCCCCCGCCACAGCCCCAGCCUCCCCGAAUCAUCCAGCAAAUGAUGCCACAGCAGCCAGCGACAAUCAUCCAGCAGUUACCGCAGCAACAGCCACUGAUAACACAGAUCCCGCCUCCACAGCACUAUCCUCCAAUCAAAUCCGGCAGCAUCAAAGAAGACAUGGUGGAGUUGAUGCUGAUGCAGAAUGCCCAGAUGCACCAGAUCAUUAUGCACAACAUGAUGCUGAAAGCAAUUCCUCCGAUGGCCCUCUCCCCCCCUGGUACUGGGAACCCCCCUCCCCCUCCUGCUCAACACAGCCAGGACCAUCACUUUGGAGGCCCCAUCAUAGUGAAGUCUGACAAGCCUCGGGGAUCCUCAGUACAUCACCAUCAUCACUACAGCCCACCCGAGUUCCAGGGCCCGCCCCCUCCCGCACAGCUUCCACCCAUUGGCUACCCUAUGUGGCCGCCGAUGAUGCCACAGAAUCCUAUGGGACAGGCAGGUGGCUACCAACCUGCAGUACAUCACGUGACCGGCCCCACAACACUUCCUGCACUGCAUGCAAAUGGAUGGAUGGCACCCCAGAGUCCCUCCGGGUCUGUGAGAUCGUACAGGUAAAUCUAAAUCACAGCUUGAAACAGAAGACACAUCAGAUGGAGUCAGACAUUUACCUGUGCAACCUACUGAAGAUGACCUCAAUAUUCAACACACUAUCCACUGAAGACUCCCCCAUCUUACUCAUUGGUCUAAAGAUGUACAACACAGCCCCUUUAAGGAUCUUUAUCUGAACAAUGACUGUUUAAUACAGAAAGUCAUACAAGUGUAUUAUUAAGAACAUGUUUUGCUCAUUUAUUGAUCAUUCAUUUGAGACUGAAGUAAACAUACAGCACAUGAAAAGGUUCCAAGAAGCAGAUCUAUAGUGUUGCGUUUGUAAAAUAUACAUUCCAUUUAUUUAACCUCCAACAUACAUAGCAACGGUACAUUUAUAUAUCUUUUUUAAUUUUUCUGCUGACAUCUGUAUAAGUUUUGUAUGUGUUUGCCAUGGAAUGGACAUGUUCAUUUUUCCAGGAAUAAAUAGAUUGGGGCAUUUCCCCACAGGCUUUAAUAGACAUCGCACAUUCAAUUAAAUGCUAUUUUGUUUUAAAGAAGCAUGGGGCCCCCUAUUAAUUUACAUUCAUUUGAAAUGAAAUAACAUUAAAAAAAAAUGUUGCAAACCACCUUAAAGCAAACAAAACAAAAAUAAUUUAAAAAAGAACAGAAAUAUGAAUAGCAAUAAGGAGAGCUGUGAUAAUGUUCCUAAUGCAGAAGUUAGUGGGUUUGAAAGUCUUGGUUAGCACUCAUUUAAGCAUGCUGUAUCUGCCUUGUCAAUGCAUAUCAAUGCUUAGUGAAUGUAACCCAGUCAUGGUUAACUGAUGAUGUGUACAAUGUUUUAUGUUUGUAAAUUACUUUAAUUUUAAUUAUGAUUUUUCGUGUACAAGUUCAAAAUUCACAACUGGAUAAACUGCUUUUUUGUUAUUAUUAUUAUUUAUUUCUUAGCAGACGCCCUUAUCCAGGGCGACUUACAACUGUUACAAGAUAUCACAUUAUUUUUUACAUACAAUUACCCAUUUAUACAGUUGGAUUUUUACUGAAGCAAUCUAGGUAAAGUACCUUGCUCAAGGGUACAGCAGCAGUGUCCCCCAUCGGGGAUUGAACCCACAACCCUCCGGUCAAGAGUCCAGAGCUCUAACCACUACUCCACACUGCUGAAUUAUUUUUGUUGUGAGUGGAAUGACAUACGUGAACAAAAGAACUGUGAUCAGUUCCAGCCUCGUCUAGAAUAAUGUCGUUUAAGCCUGAAUUUGCGUUCCCUUCUUUGGCCUGUCAAUUUGUAGUGUUCAGUAAAAAAAAAACCAAAAAAACAAGUGGAACUGAACAUUCACCUUACUCCCCGUUCUCACCUCUGCACUUCACACACUUACAAGGUAUUGCAAUAUUGCGCAGAUUGUGCCAAACUCUAAACUAUCAGCUUCCAUUCAGGUCUGCCCGGCCGUGGGCUAAGGACUGUACUUAUUGGACCAUGGGGACUGGGAUUGAUCAUACUGAAGUGGGCUUCUAGGACCGCAAUAAAAAAAGCACUUUGUUUUGAUGACUUACAGAGCCACAGUACUUUGCAGUACAGGCUUGUAACACAUAUCAAUGGAUAGGGGAGAGACUGACAUUCACUUCCAGAUUUUUUUCAUUGAGAGUGGCAUUUGGUGUCUAAAGGGUGGAGACAGUUUACAGCAGCCCGGCAGAGACAAAAGCAGAAACAAAAUAUCACAGGAACUUGUUUAGAGCGAAUAAAAAAAGGGGAAACACCGUAAAUCUGAUGCAUUUGAUUUAUAUUAGAACAUUUAUUCUGUCUCAUGUGUUUUAAUAUGUUUUUACAACAUUUAUAAAUAUCAAACAAUGAGUGGAUAUAAGAAGAUACUAUUUCAUGAACUAAAUGUAUCCGGUAUGAUUUUUUUUUUUUUCUUCCUUAUUACUGAUAAUAAUGGAAUGAAUAACAAUUUUAUUUAUUUUGAGAAAGUAAAUCGAGAGUAGUGUCCAUUAUUGCUUAUAAAGACCCUGAGAAUAAACGUGUAUUAUGUCAUUGCAGUCACUGGUGUAAAACAUUAAUUUGCCCAAACAUCAAUAUUUUUCAACAAAACUUUC